UUGUCUAUAAAUCAGGGUCCUGCGUCUCAAACAGAGCUGCGGAGGGAGAAUGGUGGGUAGCAUCAUGGCUGCCUCCACUCGGUCUCAGGUGAUUUCUCUGUACAGGAUGAUGCUGAAAGAAAGCAGCAAGUUUCCUUCCUACAACUACAGGACGUACGCAGUGCGGCGCGUUCGCGACGCCUUCAGGGCCAACAGAAAAGUGGAGGACCCGGAAGCGGUGCGGAAGCUGAUGGAGGAGGGGCAGCAGACGCUGGCGCUGAUCCAGAGACAGGUGUCCAUCGGGAAGAUGUACGAGGCUCAGAGGACGGUGGUGGAGUAAAAGGACCCUCCUGUUAACGUCGGAUUUGAGGUGCAUUGUGGGAGAUGUAGGACGAAGUGAAGCUGCACACUUCCUGGACGUUGUUUGGAGUUCGCUCUCCUGCAGUCAGAGAUGCACCAAUUAACCGAGUUCAGACCGCCGCCGUCGCAGAGUCAGACGUCUUUCCCUCAGGAUGAAAUAUUCAGUUUAUUUUCAGUUAAAGCAGAAAAAAAGGAUCAAAUAUUUUACAAACCAGUUAAAGAUGGAAGCAGAAUCUUGGUUCUGUUCCCUCUGGGUUCAUUUGAUGAAGGUAAACCUGAAGCAGGUGAUCAGAAACCGAUGGGCGGCGAGUUUAAGGAUCAAUCAGAUUUGCUGCUGAAGCUCCACAAGUUUAAAUAUUUGUUUUUUUUCUGAUAACUGAAGAAGAUUAAUAAACAACUGGGCUGUUUGUGACGGUCUGCCGCUGAUCGGUGCAUUCCUGAUUAUCUUUAUUUUUUAUUAAAGCGCACAAUUAGUCCCUCCUGCAGGAGGUCGUGUUUUUUUUAUUUCUCUGGGACAAUAAACCUGUUUUUUUUUUUGUUUUGUGAAGUGGAGGACGUUAUGUUUUCUCUGAUCAGGGAAUAAACUCUGUGAAAGAACCAGUUUGAUGCCAGUUACAGCAGAUUUCCACCCUGCAAGCUCCUUCCUCUCCGCUGUGCUUCAGGCGCUUAAGCCCCUCCCCUCAGAGGAGUCUCCAUGGCAACAGUUCAUGCCUAUCAUUCUACGGGAUAGAUCCUUGAAUGAAGCUUAUCGGCGAUUAAAUAAUCAUGUUCUGUUCAUUUUUCCUGCUGUCAGACUCUGAAAAUAAAAACUUCUCAAUAAGU